GAGGGGAAAAAAAAAGAAGCUGUGGCAGGUUAAACGACAUGCUUAUCCGCCGUUUUAGGUGCCCCAUGAUCAAAACCCUACGAACCCAUCCUCCAUGCUCCACCAUUCACUCCAUCAUCAAAAACCCAUGCACUAACUGAACAGAAACAAAACCAAGGCUGCCUGUAGCCUCCUAGUUAACUCAACGCUGAUUCAAACUGUCCCCAAUGGUCGAGUCACCGGCGGGACUUACCUCCCAAAACUGGAAUCCAACUCAGGACCAGCAACAACCAACAGCAACACCAGAACAACUCAUCGCCAAAUCCAUAGCUCCAGUGAAACCACAAUUCCUCCGUCCUCCACCUUCUCGCGCCUCCCAAAACGAUACCACGUCAUCCGCCGUUUCCGAUUCUAAUAAUGAUAUCUCAAAAUCUAAUAACACUAACACUACCAGUGUAGUGGCCAAGGAGAAGAAGUCCAAACGACAACUCAAACGUGAACGUCAGCAGGAAAAGAAAUCCUCAGUGAAUCUCUGCCCUGAAUUAGCUAAAACCGGAGAUGUUAAUUCUUGUCCGUAUAAAAAUAACUGCCGGUUCAAUCAUGACUUAGAAGCAUUCAAGGCUCAGAAACCGGAGGAUUUAGAGGGAGAGUGUCCGUUCGUAAACGGGGAAGGGUCGUGCUGUCCUUAUGGAUUAGCUUGUAGAUUUUACGGAACUCAUAAGGGUCAUGAUGGUGUUAGAAAUGGUAAAAAGCAAAUUUCGGAGAUUAAUGGGUUGAAUAAGGAUGUUCAAAAGCUUUUGUGGAAGAAUAAAAUGAAGUUUCUGAAGGCGGAUUCUGUACUCAAGUCUCUUGGGCUUACGGGACCGGGUAAGUCGAAAGUAAAAAAAGUGGACGAGGAGGAAGUUGAGAAAGUUGUUGAUGAUAAUGACUCUCAUGGCACUAAUGAGAAUGGCUGUGGUGAUGGGGGCAAUGAGUCAGCUGGUAAAGGUAAAUUAGAUUGCGCUGCAGAAGUGCUUGGUGGUGGUGAUGUGGAUGGAGUAGUAACUGAUGAAGUUAGGCCCCAGAAGAAAGCAAAAUCAGCUGCUGAAGUAAAUGGUUGCUCUGGCGAAGAAUUCAAUGGAUUGGGUAUCCCGGAGAAAGAUAUUGAGAAUAACUGCCCUCUAGAAACUGAACCAGAACUUGUAGCUGAUAAACUAGAAGUCAUAGCUGAUAGUGUAGAAACUGAUGGAAGUUUAAAAUUACACCCACGUGAAAAAAAGCUUAUCGACUUCAGAGGAAAGUUGUACCUUGCUCCUUUGACCACUGUUGGAAAUCUUCCUUUUCGAAGAGUCUGUAAAGCUUUGGGAGCUGAUGUUACUUGCGGUGAAAUGGCAAUGUGUACAAAUCUAUUGCAGGGUCAAGCUUCAGAAUGGGCACUGCUGAGACGUCAUUCAUCUGAGGAUUUAUUUGGUGUUCAAAUAUGUGGGGCUUAUCCGGAUACUGUUACACGUACUGUUGAGCUUAUAGAUCAGGAAUGCACAGUGGACUUCAUUGAUAUAAAUAUGGGCUGCCCCAUUGAUAUUGUUGUUAACAAGGGUGCUGGGUCAUCUCUUCUUACAAAACCAAUGCGGAUGAAAAGCAUUAUAGAAGCCACUUCUGGUACAGUGGAAAAGCCUAUAACUGUCAAGGUGCGGACAGGUUAUUUUGAAGGAAAAAACCGUAUUGACUCAUUAAUUGUGGAUAUUGGAAAAUGGGGUGCCAGUGCUGUAACAAUUCAUGGUCGAUCACGUCAGCAACGCUAUAGCAAGCUUGCUGAUUGGGACUACAUAUACCAAUGUGCUAGAAAGGCCCCAGAUUCUCUGCAAGUUCUAGGAAAUGGGGAUGUCUUUUCAUACGUUGAUUGGAACAAUCACAAGUCUGACUGCCCUGAGCUUUCUUCAUGCAUGAUAGCUAGAGGUGCACUAAUUAAGCCUUGGAUAUUUACUGAAAUCAAGGAACAGAGGCACUGGGACAUAAGUUCUGGAGAGCGAUUGAACAUUCUAAAGGAUUAUGUGCGUUCUGGCCUAGAACACUGGGGCUCUGACUCAAAAGGAGUGGAGACAACUAGGCAUUUCUUGUUGGAGUGGCUAAGCUACACAUGCAGAUAUGUGCCGGUGGGUCUCUUAGAUGUCAUUCCACAGCGGCUCAACUGGCGUCCGCCCUCAUACUAUGGUCGUGAUGACCUUGAAACGCUCAUGGCUUCUGAUUCUGCUGCUGACUGGGUGCGUAUCUCUGAAAUGUUGCUUGGCAAAGUUCCAGAUGCCUUUACAUUUGCACCGAAGCAUAAAUCAAAUGCCUAUGACCGAGCAGAAAAUGGCUAAUACGUGCCAAUUCUUAAUUUUCAUCCGGAAACUAGACAGCAAAGUCCUUUUUCCAUAUAUGUAACUCCCUUGAUUCUAGAAUUUUAUGCUGGUGCCUUUUACAUUCGCAAGGGCUCUUUGGUACUUGUCUCUUGUAGCAACGAAAGCAUGUAUUUUUGAGCUGUAUUUUUUAACGUUGCCAAUGCUUUUA